GUCACUCAAUGUAUAUUCAAGAUUAUAAUGAGACAAUACGGACUUAAACUUGUAUAAAGACCCUCGAUGAGUUCCCAUUGUUUCUUGCUGCAGACUUCUCUACACUCUCCACCGGUAACAUACACAAGUCAAAUACUAAUCACAAUGCCAGUCACAAAUCCAGUCUCAGUCUCGGGCUCGGGCUCAAAUCCAUCUUCCACGCCUUCAGUAUCAACUUCAACUUCGCCAUUGACAGCCGUUAUUCUAGCACCAGCAACAGCACCAGAAGCAGUAGCCCAGUCAUCCACCAUGAUACCAAUUGUACCUCGACAACGGCGAUCCCUAGAUUCAACCACAGGCAACAUCUACAUUGCACGUGAUGUGGAGAAAAAGACACCCAAAAAGAUUGAGUUCCUUCAUCGACAGAUCUACUACGUAGAGCAAGAACGAGUGGGCGCGGAGACGCGAAUAUUGAAGCUUCGAGAUGAGCUGCAUGCGUUGCAAGAAAUAGAAUGGAAUAUUCAACGCGUGGAAGAUUUGUUGGGAAGAUUGAAGUUGGGGGGAGAGGGAGAAGGGAAUGAAGAGGACGUUAGGAGUGAUGAAAUUUUGAAAGAGGAAGAAGAGAGGGAUGGUUGAAUAGCUGGAAAGAAUGAUGAGUAAGUAGGCAUAUCUUUGAGGUGGAAAAAUGAGAUAGGAAUGCAGUUAAAACGUAUACUUGUGCUACAGGCGAUACCAUCUCCUCCUCCAAUAGUUAGAAAAACUCAUAUGUCAAAAUUUAGUCA